CCGCUCGAAACGGCAGCAUCUCUGAUCGCCAUCGAAGUUAGAGCUGCGUAGGCUUUGGACUGCAACAGUGCUUCAACUCGUGUAUUUCUGUUUGUGAAUAGCAAAUUUACUGCUUAAGUGAAUUAUAUCAUUCGUUUAUUAUUUGAACAGUUCAUCAAACUAUCGAAUCACAUCCUACAUUCGAUUGAUAUAAAAGUGUGAGGUUAUCGCCGAGUCUUCUGUGUUUCGUACGGUAGCGCAAUACAAAAUGGAUACGGAAAACGUUCCUAACAACCGCCUUGCAGCGUACAAACAUGGUUCCAAGUCGAACACGGAACUUCGGCAGAAACGCCACGAGGUAACGGUGGAACUGCGCAAGAACAAGAAGGAAGAUCAGCUGCUUAAACGUCGUAACAUUACCGAAGAUGAUGGACCAACGUCGCCACUGCAGGAAAAUAACGCCCAAAGCCCGGUGGCGCUUAAGUUCGAAGAAAUCAUGCAGUUCAUCCGAAGUGGCAACCCGGAGAAGGAACUUGCCGCUGUACAGGCAGCCCGUAAGAUGUUGAGCCGGGAGAAGAACCCACCGAUCGAUAAAAUCAUCGGUUUGGGCAUGGUGCCGGUAUGUGUGAAGUACCUUUCCGCUUCCGACCGUCCGGCCCUUCAGUUUGAGGCCGCCUGGGCACUCACAAACAUUGCAUCUGGUACGUCCGAGCAGACUAAGGUCGUAAUUGAGGCGAAUGCGAUUCCACGCUUUAUCGAGCUGCUUAGAUCCCCAUCGGUUACGGUAGCGGAACAGGCAGUUUGGGCGCUCGGUAACAUUGCUGGUGAUGGAUCGAAGGCGCGUGACAUUGUGCUGGAACACAACAGUGUUGACGCUAUUAUCGCCCUCGUGAGCAGUGGCAACACGCAGAUCUCAUUCCUUCGCAACAUCGUGUGGCUGAUGUCGAACUUGUGCCGCAACAAGAAUCCGGCCCCACCGUUCAACCGGAUUGAGCCGAUGAUUCCGGUUCUGUCUGCGCUGCUUGAUCAUGAGGAUGCACAAGUGCUGUCGGACGCCUGCUGGGCCUUAUCGUACGUUACGGAUGAUGAUGUGGUGAAGCUAGAUUCGGUCGUUGCAUCCGGCGCAGUGCCCAAGUUGGUUCGGCUGCUCGGCACCAACAAUCCGGCCAUUAUCACACCGGCAUUGCGCAGUGUCGGUAACAUUGUGACGGGUAAUGAUACGCAGACGGACGCUGUGAUAGCCGCGAACGCACUAACCUUGCUUACGAACCUGUUGCGCCAUACAAAGAACACGAUCGUGAAGGAAGCGGCCUGGACGGUGAGCAACAUAACGGCGGGAAAUCAGAGCCAGAUUCAGCAUGUGUUGGAUUCUGGCAUCUUUAACGUGCUGAUCGACGUGCUGACGAACGGAGAUUUCAAAUCUCAGAAGGAGGCGGCCUGGGCGGUCACCAACACUACCACGGGCGGAUCAACCGAGCAGAUCAUCCAGCUCGUCGAGAAGUACCCGAUCAUGAAGCCGUACUGUGAUCUGCUGGAGGCAAAGGAAACGCGCACGGUUCGUGUGGUGUUGAGCGGUGUGGCCAACAUCUUCCAGAUCGCAGCCCAGAUCGGUGGCAUCGAGAACCUGUGCACGCUGUUCGAGGAGAUCGGAGCGCUAGACAAGCUGGAAACGUUGCAGAACCACGAAAACGAAGACAUCUAUCAGAAGGCGCUGUUGUUGAUCGAAACGUACUUCUGUGAUGCGGAAGACGUUAACCCGGAAUGUGCCCCGAAAGAAGUCAAUGGAGCGCUGGAGUUCAAUCCCACCACUCCACAGGACGGCGGAUUUUCUUUCUAAAUUAUUUCGUCUAUAGUUUAAAGUUGCCUGAUCCUAUUCACUUCCCCAUCCCAACAAUCCGAUCGUGCACUCGCUUGUAAGAACGCAAAAAGCGUACCACCAAUGUGGGUAAAAUAAUUUAAAGUUGCUGCCAAAAUGCUGUCUACAGCUGUUAGGAGUAGCGCUCAAGCGUUAAUGUGUCAGUAACGUUUUUAUGUCUGUGAAGAUUUGUAUCAAAAUUAUAUCGACUUUGGCUGAAAAUCGAUCAGUGAUCACCCAUUUACGUUUCAGUUUGCUUUCUGCUAGCUUGCUUUGUGGCCACUGUGAAUGGUCUGUGCGGAGCUUAUAUUUUUUAACGCUCUUUGUUAAUACUGCGGUAUGUUUUAUGUAAUAUUCUAAAUAUGCAAUUUAUCCAUCGUGUUUCGCGCGGAAGCGUUGGGUCUUACAUACAUUCACAAAAGUAAAACUGUAACUAGUG